UUCUCUUCCAGGGAUGUGCUACUGAUCUAACAAUUAAAGGUAAAUAGGAAAGAAAUGAAGUCUGGCUCACCGUGUUACACCAGUGUUUCUCCAUCAUCAUGGACAGCUGGUUGUUUGCAUUGCUUGAAACAUCCUCCACUUCAAAGUGAUUACAGUUUGUUUUACUGAAGAAGUAUGGCAUGCUAGAACACAUGCAACUUGAACUAGAAAAGAAGAUACAAGUUUUCAAUCAGUACAAAGUGGUAGUUGCCACCAGUCACAAAACAAACCAGAACAAAAUAAAAUUUCAAUCAGUCAUAGAAUCAUACAAUAAUUAAGGUUGGAAGAGGGCCUCCAGAGACUGUCUAAUUCAACCCUGCUGACAUGUCUGAAUCUCUCACUGUCUGAUUAUAUCCGACAGGGUCACCGCUGACAUACCAUCAAGUGUUAGAAUAAUUAAUUUAACAUUUUCCCUCUGAUAACACCUUUGUGAUGAACUUUCAAGGCAAUGGGAAAGCAAACAGCUGCUACAGGCAAUACGCAACUCAGUUGGAAUUUUUUUUUUAACCAAGUUAUAUAGCUGGGAUCCAAGGUCCAUCUAAACUGGGUUUUUUAGGCAGUUGUGCAUAUGAAAAAUUAUCCCACAAUUACACAAGUUUUCCAUUGGUAUCAGAAUAGCACUGCAUUUUGAGUCAUGUGUCCCAGAGAUAAGCAAUAACAUAUAAAAUGGCUUGCAAAGCAGAGCCUGCAGCAUACUGCUGACCGGCAUCAUGCUUGGAAUCCUCUUUGCUGUGUUGACUCUGGCAGCUGCAGCCUUUGGCUGCGGGGUCCCUGCCUACCCUCCCGCUGUGUCUAGAGUUGUUGGAGGGGAAAACGCAAGACCUUACAGCUGGCCCUGGCAGGCCUCCCUUCAGUACCAUUCAAAGGGCAAAUGGCGUCACACCUGCGGAGGAACCCUCAUUGCAACCAACUGGGUGAUGACAGCCGCACACUGCAUCAGUUCUUCUAAGACAUAUCGAGUCUUCCUUGGAAAGUACAACCUAGCAGCUGCGGAAGAAGGCUCGAUUGCACUUCCUCCAGAAAAAAUCAUUGUCAAUGAGAACUGGGAUCCACAGAAUGUUGCAAAUGGGUAUGACAUUGCUUUGAUCAAACUCACUGAACAUGUCACCUUGAGUGAUCACAUUAAGCUGGCCUGCCUCCCCCCUGCACAGAGCAUCCUACCAUCCAACACGGCCUGCUAUGUGACAGGAUGGGGAAGACUGCAGACAAACGGAGCCCUUCCAGAUGACCUGCAGCAAGGCCUUUUGCUGGUGGUGGAUUAUAAAACUUGUUCCGAGCCUAGCUGGUGGGGAAAGACAGUGAAACCCACCAUGGUUUGUGCUGGUGGGGAUGGAGUCAUCUCCAGUUGUAACGGGGACUCUGGUGGCCCACUGAACUGCCAAGCUGCUGAUGGCAGGUGGGAAGUGCAUGGUAUCGUCAGCUUCGGCUCUGCUCUGGGCUGCAAUUAUUAUCACAAGCCUUCCGUCUUCACUCGGGUCUCUGCUUACAAUAGCUGGAUCCAGCAGGUUAUGGCAACCAACUAAUCUAAAGAGAACUGGAUAAUAGACACCAGGAAGGAAAACAGUCUGAAUAAAGUCAUAAUCAU